AACCGUGAAAACUCGCCCACUCAGCUGGCGGGGGCCACCUAGCCUAUGAUUGGUCCAGGAGAGGGGAGGGGGCGUGGCGAGGGGCGGUUCCCGGGUGGAAGCCAAAAGUGCAUCCAGGCCAGGCUGCGAACGCGGGCUGCAUCUGGUAGCAGUUGUCUCAGCACAUUCCUUCUGGGACCAGUGCUGCACAUGCAACAAAUGGAAGUUCCAGGGCUGGGGUCAAAUCGGAGCUAUAGCUGCCGGCCCACGCCACAACCACAGCAAUACCAGAUCCAAGCUGCAUCUGCAACCUACUCCACAGCUCAUGCCAACACCGGAUCCUUAACCUACUGAGUGAGGCCAGGGAUAGAACCUGCAACCUCAUGGUUUAUAGUCAGAUUCAUUUCUGCUGUGCAACAAUGGGAACUCCACCAUGUGCGGUUCUUAACCCACUGAGCUACAAUGGGAACUCCUGUGUUAGCUUUUCAAGUCAUGGAUUCCAAAACCCAAUUAUAGGCAAGAGUUCUGAAGUCAAUCAGUCUGAAUUAAAAUCCUGGCUCUGCCACUGGCUAAUACUUAUGUGACUUGAUACGGUUCCUUAUCUGUGCUUUGGUUUCCUCAUCCAUAGAAUGGGCUUAAAUUUAAGAGUAUCUUGGAGUUACCUGGUGGCCUAGUGGUUGAGGAUUUGGCAUUGUUACUUCUGCGGCUUGGGUUCAAUCCCUGGCCUGCUCAGCAUGAAGCAGAGAGUCCAGUGCAGGGUGGGAGCUCAGUGACCAUUGCCUGUUAUCAUCAUCAUCAGGUCCCCACAUGCACUGUGCUUUAAAGGCUGGCUCUUCUUUUUGCCUGGGGUACCUCUCCUCCGUCUAUCUAAUAGCUGGGCCAUACGCCAUAGCUGUGGCAACACAGGAUCCUUAACCCACUAUGCCACAGCAGGAACUCCUGUCUACUAACUUUUACACGUCCUUCAAGAUAUUGUGUAUUUCAGGAGUUCCUGCUGUGGUGCAGUGGGAUCGGCGUUGUCUCUGCCGUGGCUAGGGCUGCUGCUGGGUCCCAGGUUCUAUCCUGAGCCCCAAACAGUGGGUUACGUACGGAUCUGGCCUUGAGGCAGCUGCAACUGUGACUCAGAUUCGGUCCCUGGCCCAGGAAUCUCCAUAUGUUGCGGGGUGGCCAAAAAAGAAAAGAAUAAUUGUUUAUGUCCUAUUCUCACAAAGUGUGUUCAGAAUCCCUUAUCCAUUUUAGAUGAGAUGACCUUGUAAUUUAUUGUCCAAACUGGGACGGACACUCUUGAAGGUGAGAGGGGAUGCUAUUAAAAAUUACCCCAGGACAAGAGGCGCCGGCAAACCAAGAGACAUGGUCAUCUCAGGUUUGGGUCCCUCUUCUCUGGCUUUCUGCUGCUCCCCCGCCCCCCCCACCUGUCAGCACCAUUGUCACACUGCUGUCCUCGUUGAUUGACUUGUUUGUCCCCCUCCUGUUCUGUAAUGCCUUGAGGGCAGACAUGGCACCUCGUCUCACUCACAACCGUGGCCAGGACUUCUCACAGGGCCAGCAUGCAACACACACACACACACACACACACACACACACACACACCCCUCACACUCUCUGAAAUGAAGGUGAUCUGGCCGUGUUUGUUUCCAUCUUUAUCUGUGCUUGUUUCUGCCUUCAGUGUGGUCUCGCUCCUCCUCCUCCUUCAGAUAGAUCUGUCUUCUGGGGCUUCACUCACAUUCCACCUCUUUUGGGAAGCCCCCCCACCCCAAUUACUGUUUCCCCCCAUCCCUGCUUCCUCUCCUCCCCAUGCUUAUGGUGCUGUAUGUAUUACCUACGUUCCACAGCUGGGCUCUCCUUCCCUAGUCAGACUCAACUCCCCAGGACGGGCAUGGUGUCCCCUUUCUCCUGUCUCCCCCACAGCAUGAUCAGGCACCAGACGGGCCACCAGCGGGCAUGCAGGAAACCCAUGUUGGUGCCCAGUUGCUCAGACUGGUGACCAUUCGGUGGGCCCUUUCCAAGCCGAGGCAGAUGAUGCUCGUGGCUGGUGAAAGCCAUCAGUCCGCAACAGCGGGAGGUGCCCAGGGCCUCAAAGGCAAGCUUUGAUCUGGGGACAGCCCUCAUUUGUCCUCUGUUCUGAAGUCCAGCCUUUUAUGUGAGAGCAGAUGGAGGCUGACCUGUCCGGCUUUAACAUCGAUGCCCCCCGUUGGGACCAGAGCACUUUCCUGGGGCGGGUCAAGCACUUCUUCAAUAUCACAGACCCCCGCACCAUCCUGGUGCCCGAGCGGGAGCUGGACUGGGCCAAAGCGAUGGUGGAGAAGGGCAGGGUCGGGGCUGUCCCCCCAGGUACCCCAGUGGAGCAGCUGCUCUAUGCCAAGAAGCUCUACGACUCAGCCUUCCACCCUGACACCGGGGAGAAGAUGAACGUCAUCGGGCGGAUGUCCUUCCAGGUCCCUGGCGGAAUGAUCAUCACGGGCUUCAUGCUCCAGUUCUACAGGACGAUGCCGGCAGUGAUCUUCUGGCAGUGGGUGAACCAGUCCUUCAAUGCCUUAGUCAACUACACCAAUAGGAAUGCAGCUUCCCCCACGUCGCUCAGGCAGAUGGCAGUUUCCUACAUCACAGCCACAACCACGGCGGUGGCCACCGCUGUGAGCAUGAACAUGAUGACAAAGAGAGCUCCACCCCUGGUGGGUCGCUGGGUGCCCUUUGCCGCUGUGGCUGCUGCCAAUUGUGUCAACAUCCCAAUGAUGCGACAGCAGGAGCUCAUCCAGGGCAUCUGCGUGAAGGACAGGAACCACAAUGAGAUGGGUCAUUCCCGGAGAGCUGCGGCCAUAGGCAUCACCCAGGUGGUAAUUUCUCGGAUCGCCAUGGCAGCCCCCGGCAUGAUCCUGCUGCCGGUGGUCAUGGAAAGGCUGGAGAAACUGCGCUUCAUGAAGAGAAUCCGGGUCCUGCACGCCCCGUUGCAGGUUCUGCUGUCCGGGUGCUUCCUCAUCUUCAUGGUGCCGGUGGCGUGUGGGCUCUUCCCGCAGAAAUGCGAAUUGCCAGUUUCCUAUUUGGAACCGGAGCUCCGAGACAGCAUCAAGGCCAAGUGUGAAGAACCUGUGCCUUAUGUCUACUUCAAUAAGGGUCUCUAAGUGCUCUAUCCCAGCAAGGACCAGUCCACACCCCUAUCCACCAGCUCCUCCUUAGCCUCCCUGGAUACCUGUUCCCUCCUUCCUUUUUGCCGAUGGGGCCUUGAAGGCCAGGGUGGAUUUGGGGGGUAAGGGUGGGGGCGGGAGGAUGCCUCAUGCUUCUUCCAGGCACCUGGGCUUAUUGGACUCUAGGGGAUAAACAUGAACAGGGGAGAAAGGCCAGGUCUUCUGUCUGCUCUCACCCAGUCCCCAGCCCCUGGAGACCAGGAGCUGAGACCCCCUUAGGAAGAAGUUGCUGGGACCCUGGGGAAGACACUUGAGCAAACUAUUUGGAAAAAUUAGGAAACCUUUGGGAUUCUGGUCCCAGCCGGGGUUGAGCAAGAAGCCCUCUUCUUUUUCUCACCUGCUCUCAGGCGAGGGAACCUUUCACCCUUGCAGUUCCAGCUCCCUCAGGAAAUGGGAGGGAAGAAGCCGGGUCGCCUUGGGCCCCUCUCUGCUCUUUCCCUUUCUCCUGCCCAGUGCCCCCCGUCAGAAAGCUUCUCUGGGAGUCUUGCUAAACUUGAGUUUAUCAGGCACCCAGGAAUUUUUAGUGG